AAAGUUGCCGAGCUCUCACGGAGAUACACGAAGAGCUUCGGGAAGGGCCAGGCCGCGGGUCGGGUCUAGAGCCAGAGCUCAGAAAGGUCGCCAGGCGGAACCACUGCGGCAGGGCGGAAGUGGGAGGGGGCGGUGUCGUGCGGCGGAAGAGGCCCGAGGAUUUCGGAUAGCUGCCCCGGUUGUCUUCUUCGUGGACUAUGCUUCUAACUGCUUAUAUAUGGAGGAAAUCGAAGACUCAGUGACUGUAAGAGAUUAUAUUCAGUCCACCAUGGAGACUGAGAACGACCCCCAGUGCCUCUUGGGCUUGGCCAGGAGAAUUGGGCAGACCCUGGCUAGGAUGCAUGAUGAAGACCUCAUUCACGGGGACCUCACCACCUCCAACAUGCUCCUAAAACGGCCCCUGGAGCAGCUGCACAUCAUCCUCAUCGACUUCGGGCUCAGCUUUGUUUCUGGACUGCCAGAAGAUAAAGGCGUGGACCUCUACGUCCUGGAGAAGGCCUUCCUCAGCACCCACCCCCACACCGAGGCUGUGUUUGAAGCCUGCCUGAAGAGCUAUGGUGCUUCAUCCAGGAAGUCCAGUCCAGUGCUGAAGAAGUUAGAUGAAGUGCGCCUGAGAGGGAGAAAGCGCUCCAUGGUGGGGUAGCAGAGUUGCUGACUGUUUCCCAGUGAGGAUGCUGUGGGCGGGGCCGGACCUCAGGCUGUGUUGUCCUUGUUAAGUGGCCUGGCACAGUGGUGCUGUGCCACUGUCACCUGGGUUCCACUGUUCUCGGAAGCUUAAUGUACAUAAGGCCUGUUGGGGCAGAACUGGGUGAGUAGGCCAGGCUGGCCUCAGCUUUGCUGUGUGAGGAUGAAUAACCGUGAGCUGAUCUCCUGCAUCCCCUGGAGUGUAGGCGUGUGCUCUCAUACCUGGUUCAUCAAUGCUCAGGGGCUCACACAUGCUAGGCAAGCACUCUGCCAACCGAGAUGCACCCCACUCCCCUAGAACAGGGUGUUUCAGAUCAGUCCAACAGGCUUUCCCCCAAACAGUGGCUUGUGGACGUCAUGCAUGGCAGGUGGCAUUGAGCUGAGAACAAUACUCUAGUCCUGAGGGAUAAAUGGGGACUCGGUUUGGGCUAGCAUUUCUCUCUCUCUCUGCCCUCUAACCUGGUCGGGGUUUGUUUCCUGUACGAAGACUGCUAAAACCAGUUUAGUGGGAUAUAACCCUCACUUUCCCAGAACAGAAUAGACUCUGGGACACAGUGGACUGCUUUCCGAAGCUUGUUUCAGGUGUGUGUUUUUACAUGGUUGUGUUUGGAGUUCGUUAUAAAAGGUGAUUUUUGAGGGGCUGGAGAGGUGGCCUUGUGGUGCUCAUUCUUCCAAAGGACCCUGGUUCAGUUUCCAGCUCUCAAGCUCCAAGGGAGCCAGUGCCUCUGUCUCCUCGGGCACCUUACUUAUGUGCAUACACCCCUCCUCCCAAACACAUAUACACAUAAUUACAAAUAGUGAGGAUAAAUUCUUAAAACAUAUUUUGACAUUUGUAAUAAAAAGAUGAGAAACUAGUA